UUCCCCUAUAAACCAAACAUGCAUAUAAAAUAACCUCUUUGUAUACCAAGUGAGUCAAUCGAGUGUUACCGAGACCUAGACGUGAUACUACACAGUGCUGUCGUUUAACUUUCACUCACAAGAACACUUUCUCGGCAAUCGUCAAGUGUUAAAGAUGCAUUUUAAGUGUCAGGUAGCCCUUUUGUUGUGCAUAGCCCUAACGGCUAUCGUAACAGAAGCUUUCCCGCAAGCAGACACUGAUCGUCCCGCAGUAUCAGAUGAGGCUCUGGAGUCCACACUUAAGGACAAGAGGUACCUUAUGAGGCAAUUAAAGUGCGCCUUGGGAGAAGCUCCUUGUGAUCCCGUAGGUCGUAGGCUGAAAAGUUUGGCACCGCUUGUCCUGCAAGGCUCCUGUGCGCAGUGUAGUCCAAAAGAACUGAACCAAAUUAGGAAAGUUCUCUCUUAUAUGCAAAUAAACUUCCCAAAAGAAUGGAACAAAGUUCUGAAGCAAUAUUCCAGAUAAAAUUGAUUUAGAAGGACUUAGUGGCUGGUUAAUAUCCUUUAGAAAGGGCCGAGGCCCAUCGUGCGUUAUGUGCUACUUUUUUUCUUGGUUGUAAUGCUGUCUACAAUAUUUAUUUCAAAGAUUGGCAAAUAUGUUUAAGGUAAAUUGGCGUAUUAAAUGAAGUACUAUGUUAAAUUAUAAGUGAAUUUAGUAGAUAAAAAUAGUAAUUAUAUGCUAAGGGGAUAAAAUGCACCCUCUAAUCUAAAUUAAAAAACAUUUUAGUUGUGUAGUACAUUUUUAAACUCUGAAAUGUUUAAAAUUAAAAUUGUGUAUUCCCGUUUGUCUUUGUAUUCUGCCUCCAAAGGAUCAAAAUUAGAUUGAACUCAUUGAAUAAUACUAAAUGUGACAUUUGAAAAGCGGUAAAAUAUUAUUUUUUCUUCUAGUAUUUUUCUAUAAGAGUGUAUUAGAUUAGGUAAGAACCCUGUGAAAAAGCUUUAUAUACUUUCCUAGUUAAUGUAUACAUUUUGUUUGUAAGUUGUAAACAAUGGAGAAAUAUUUAAAAAUAUUUCUAAUAUGUAAACGCAAUCUGAUAUAAUAUUUUCAAAGACAAGUUAUUGAAGUAGUAAGGAAAUGUAUAAAUAAUUUUUAUAAAAUGCAUACUAGAACAUUCAUAUAGCGUUUUUAGUUGAGUUUUUGAAGUAGAUAUAUCUUUAAUAAUACUAUUGUUUGUUAUAAUUUUCUACUCUUUGUAAAUAAAAUUGUUUUGUUAGAUA